AUCAGUAUUUCAUUUCAUAAACCAACCUGCGAUAAUUCUUUAAUUGAUAUUAAUAGUGACAAUAUAACAUUUCCUUGGACGGAUCGACACUGACUUUCUAAGCUCAAAAAGACUCAGUUUACAAUGAUGGAAAGUGUUAAAAACCAAAAACAGAACUUUUGCAAACGAUAAUAAGAAUGGUGAUUUGAAAAAAAAAAACAACAACCGAUUUGUAAAGUAAGCAACCAACAGGAUGUCUCAGCCUUCCUCAGGAAUAGGAUCUUUUUCCAUUGAUUCCUUGAUAUCAAAUUCAACGACUUCCCCUCGCUUUGGACGCUUCUUCAGCAACAACAUGAUGUUCAUGCCGACAAGCUCCGUGCCAUCUUCUCCGCUAAACAUCUCGCCGGAGAUGACGUUCCCCUUCCAGCAUCUGAUGCACCAUCCAUAUCUCGGCGCCAGAGCUAUGAUACCCGGUAAUUAUUUCCCAGCAAGAACUCAUCCAUUUGGACCAUUGCAGUCUUGGUCAGGAGUGCAGCAGCUCUACGCCGGGAAAUCUAAGAUAACGUCAUUGCCAUGUGAACGGAUACAGUCGCCGUCUCCGGGAAGCGAUUCCCCUACAGACUCAUCAUCUCCCGAGGGAGUCUGCCAACCCAAGCUAACAGAACACAGGACCAACAGGGAGGGUCUCCAUGUUCAUUCACAUGCAAAACGUUCGGAAUCGGACGAAGAUGGGAAGAGUUUUGAACAAACUGUGGCAGAAAACAGUGAAGAUGACAAUGAUGACUUAGAUAUGACGUCAGUUUUUGAGGACUCCCGAUCCCCUUCGGAACAUAACGGUGGUGAUCAUAAAUCAGUAGUUACUGAACGAUCUGGUCCCGUUUCAGUUAAAACACGACGACGAAGGACUGCUUUUACGAGUGAACAGUUACUGGAGCUAGAAAAAGAAUUUCACGGCAAAAAGUACUUAUCGCUCACUGAACGAUCUCAUAUUGCACAUAACCUAAAACUAAGCGAAGUUCAAGUCAAAAUCUGGUUUCAAAAUAGGCGAGCGAAAUGGAAACGAGUCAAAGCUGGGAUGAUCCACGGAAGAGCGGGGCCAGAGGUAUCGAAUAAACCCAAAAUAGUUGUACCGAUUCCAGUCCAUGUCAAUAGACUCGCCAUUCGCUCACAACACCAGCAGCUUGAGAAAACAAUUCGAACACAGCAUGCGCAUGCGCAGACAUUUGACCACCCGUCAUUUGAUCAACAAAUAAAAAUACCAAACUAAUACAGACCUAACAUAUGUAAGGAAAUACUUUUCUACAAACAAGAAAAUAUUGCACCGUGAUCAUUUUUUGAGUUUCUCAUCAUUUAGAAGAUUUAAUUUUAUCUUGACAAUUUUGACAACUCCGCCCAAGACGUAAGCUCUGCUAUCUGGUUACCUUAAUUAAGGAAGGGCAGCGUGAACACUACGAGCACUCUCUUUAUUCUUCUAAUGAACUGCGUGACGAAUUGUAGAGAGCCGAAAUUUCCGGCGUUUACACAGACUGUUUGACAAGAUGGCCAUACUCCCAAAUUUAAAUAUCACAAUAUUUAUUCUUUCCUACAAAAAACCUCCCCAACGUGCACAGUGCUGAUGGAGAAUUGCAUAGCAAACUGUCAAACUGAAUAAGACGUCUUUUGCAGUGUAGCGCAUACAUUACACACCGUCACACGUGUAUAUUGAACGAUUGGCUCGAUUUGUAUGUCAAUAACUAUGGACUCUCUUAAUCCAGUUUUGUAGAGCACAUGAUUAGAACUAUGCAUCAAAUCUCAAUAAAUA